UUAAAAGGCUUUUUCAGACGUGCCUGUAAAUAAUUAAUUAAUUAUUCAAGAGUAGGCGUGUGUCCCAGAGGCCCCUUAUUCCUCGUACAAAAAGUGCAUGUAAACUACGCUAGACAGACGCAGGCUGGGGGAGGACAUGGCGGCGACGGAGAGCAGCUUAAGCCCGGCGGUGGAGUCGGUUGUGCCGGCGUGUAUGUUCGCACCUGACCCGGGCUGCGCGGAGGAUUCGCCCGGCGCUGAGUGCAGCGACGCCGGCGACAACCAGAACGGGGAAGCCGAGGAUCAUUUAGACCUCACCAGCAAGUUUGCACUGGUCAGCCCUACAGGAGAGCAGUAUGAGUGUUUACAAAAGCAGCUGCGAGAACUAAUAGAGGAAGGAUGCGGAGAAACCAUCUAUGUGGUCGGAAUGGGAACAGACGGUGGUGAUUAUGGUCUGGAUGAGCGGGAUAUGGAAGCAUCAGUCGCUACAGUGCAGUCACUUUGUGAACAGGUUGAUGCUGACCUGAUUCUGCUGAGAGAGAGGACGGAAACAGCAGGACAUGUCCGUGAUUAUCUCAUCCGUCGUCGAGUGGGAGAGGCAGACUUCCUGGAAGUCAGAGUGGCAGUCGUAGGUAAUGUAGACGCUGGUAAAAGCACACUUUUGGGUGUCCUAACCCACGGCGAACUCGACAACGGUCGUGGAUUCGCCCGCCAGAAGCUGUUCCGCCACAAACAUGAGAUGGAGAGCGGCCGGACGAGUAGUGUCGGCAAUGACAUUCUGGGUUUUGACCAGGAGGGACAGGUGGUCAACAAACCAGACAGCCAUGGAGGCAGUCUGGACUGGACCAAAAUCUGCGAGAGGUCAUCGAAGGUCAUCACUUUCAUCGACUUGGCCGGCCACGAGAAGUACCUGAAGACCACCGUAUUUGGCAUGACUGGCCACCUGCCGGAUUUCUGCAUGCUAAUGGUGGGAAGUAAUGCAGGAAUUAUUGGCAUGACUAAAGAGCACCUCGGUCUCGCUCUGGCCCUCAACGUUCCUGUUUUUGUAGUUGUAACAAAGAUAGACAUGUGUCCCGCUAACAUCUUACAAGAGACACUAAAGUUAUUACAAAGGUUACUCAAGUCUCCAGGAUGCAGAAAAAUUCCAGUUUUGGUGCAAAACAAGGAUGACGUCAUUGUUACUGCCUCAAACUUUAGCUCAGAAAGGAUGUGUCCGAUUUUCCAGAUCUCAAAUGUGACGGGUGAAAACAUGGACUUGUUGAAAAUGUUCCUGAACCUGCUGUCUCCCAGAACGACGUUUAAAGACGACGAGCCACCAGAGUUUCAAAUUGAUGACACAUAUUCAGUGCCAGGUGUAGGUACUGUAGUAUCAGGGACUACUUUACGUGGAUUAAUACGACUGAACGACACGCUGCUCCUCGGUCCGGAUCCUCUGGGCAUCUUCAUCCCCAUUGCCGUCAAAUCAAUCCAUCGCAAGCGCAUGCCUGUUAAAGAAGUGCGCGGCGGGCAGACGGCCUCGUUCGCUCUGAAGAAGAUCAAGCGCUCAUCGAUCAGGAAGGGGAUGGUGAUGGUGUCGCCCCACCUCAACCCACAGGCAUGCUGGGAGUUUGAUGCAGAGAUUCUUGUACUGCACCAUCCGACGACGAUAUCGCCGAGAUACCAAGCUAUGGUUCACUGUGGCAGUAUCAGACAGACGGCCACCAUCAUCGGCAUGAACAAAGACUGUUUACGGACGGGGGACAAAGCCACCGUACACUUCCGCUUCAUCAAGACCCCCGAGUAUCUUCACAUGGACCAGAGACUCGUCUUCAGAGAGGGCAGGACCAAGGCCGUGGGUACCAUCACUAAGCUGCUUCAAAGCAAGCCUCAGGCCAAGAUGCAGUCUACCAAGAAAACCUCAUCACAGGUGGAAGGCUCUUCAUCAGCCUGCGAAGAAAGCACACAGAUGGGAGGAAGCCCUCAAAUGGGACAACUGUUGAAGUCUGGAGGAAGUGGUCGGCGGCGUGGCGGCCAACGGCACAAAGGCAAAUCAGCACUGAGCAGCACUGGAACAACUACUUCAGCAGCUGGAGUGGGCGGCAACUGAGCUUCCUCCAGCUCUCUCACCCAGCGCUACUGGUCAGCUGCCUUUAACAUUUUAAGUGAACACCAGAGGGCAGUAAAGCCUUUUUUCUCUUUCACUCUUCCUUUUUUUUUUUUUUCACUAAACCGGACUGAACUAUUUCUCCCUAAUUAGAAACGUUCAUCUCCACUGACACAAUCGUGCCAAAACCCUGACUGACAAGCAGCUGUUGUGUUCGUCGUCCACCCGCCCUUUUUUUUCCCUCACCCUUAUCAAACCCUUUUACUUAAUAUUAAUAGUCUCAACAUCCUGUAAUAAACACCCCGAAAUCCCGGAUUUUGUAGCUAGAAUGUUUCCCCGAGGACCCAAUUAAGGAGCCUACGACUGAAUCCCUGUUUGUGUUCAGCGAUUUUGCUAUUUUUUCAUGUCACUUUCCUCCUUCAAUUGAAUUUGGCAAAUGCUAACGCAGAUGAAAGGGAGAAAUCUGUUCUGCUUGUCAAUCUCUCAUGCCCCCUCAUCCUCCUCUGAUUUUAAUGAGCUUCGUAGCUGCCGAGACGCUCAAAAUCAUGGCAGAUAAAACCGGUCCCUCUUGGAACAUCACAAAUUAGGUGGCUUUCUGCUCUCCCGUGUUGCUUUUUCAUUUCGUGACCUGGCAUUACUUACAAAGGGUCUCACCUUUUCAAUGGAAAAGUGUUUUUUUUUUGCCUAGAACGGGAAGCUGACUGAGAUGACAUGUGGCAUUUAGUUCGGAUUUCUGUUGUCACUUUCUCAUUAAACCUUAUUUUCUGUCUA